AUGGCCACUGACACAAAAAUGCGAACCCGCCCGCCGCGACCGCUCAAGCACGUACGCGUUUCGUCUCUGAGGUCUUUCCACAAGGAGCCGUAUCCGCCAACUAGCCCCUCGAGCGAUGUCGAUCCAAGGUCGUUGGGCGGGUUGCUCCCGUCGCCCUCGACGUCUUCCCCGACGCGUCGGCAUGCGAGCGGGUCGUCGGCAUUUGUGCCGCCCACUGAAACGAACACCACUGGUGGCGUUUCUUCAGCCUCCGUGACAGCGAUGCUGGUUCCGCUGUUCUGCUACUUCUCCCUCAACCUACUCCUCACUUUGUACAACAAGAUUGUUCUUGUACGUUUCCCCUUUCCCUAUACCUUGACAGCUUUCCAUGCACUUGCCGGCACUCUCGGAGCCAAUCUACUCGUUCAUUACCCCUCCCUGGCGCUUCGCGUAUCUCAAAUACCACGACGCCCAAUUCCAUCUCUUCCUCCAUUCUUUGCACGCUAUACAUGGCGCCUGCGCCGUCUAUGGUUCCGGAUGUCUGAUCGCUUUGGGGGCGUCCGGGAACACCGCCCAUUGACUGCACCCGCUAGCGCCCCUGGACUGGAAUCGUACAGAUUAGGCGAAAGCGAGGUAGCUGAUUCAUUUUAUAUGUCGACACACUCCGGCAUGCAGUCACAUCCGGGGUCAUCUCCGACACACCGCCAGCCUUUUAGUGAGCGCUCUACUGACACCCACCCUUCUGUGGGCCCUUCGCACGUUCCUCGCGAGGUUCUGAAACCAAGCAGCUUCGAUUUGACGCCGAAGGAGACGCUGGUGAUUGUCGCGUUUAGCGUCUUGUACACGAUCAAUAUUGUUGUAAGCAAUAUGUCGUUGGGACUUGUUACGGUGCCGUUCCAUCAAGUUGUUCGUUCAUCGGCUCCAUUCUUUACUAUCGCCUUGUCGGCUGGCGUCCUCGGCCAACAUGCAAGUAAGGCCAAAAUUAUCUCCUUGAUUCCAGUUAUCGCUGGUGUAGGCUUCGCGACUUACGGAGAUUACUACUUCACACCCUGGGGGUUUGCGCUUACCCUACUUGGCACGCUUCUGGCUGCAUUGAAGACAGUAAUAACGCACUUCAUCCAGUCUUCCGGAAGGUUUACACGUUCCAGCGCGCCUAAACACGAUGAGAAGACGUUGCCUUCGCCAGCUAGAAGCGUGGUCGUCGGCGCUAUUCACACGCCAAUACGAACCGACUUGCCCUGGACGCGUAACCCUGAUGGGUUGUCAGAAAUAAGCAGCGGCGAACAUACCCAUCGACAUAAUCUAACGCUCUCAGACUUGUUUCCCCGAUCACCAUCCCAUUCCCCUGCUAGCUCCAUUGCUCAACACUCCAGCAAUGAUAGUAUCAACGCGUACCUCAGUGUGCCAUCGUCGACCAGCAUUAGCAACCUAGGAUCCAUGUCCACUGCACAUUCGAUCUCGUCGGAGGCGUUUCAGGGAAGUAUCCAUAAUAUGUAUCUCGGAGACGAUGGUCUCCAUUCGUCACAUUCAUUUCAGUCGUCAUCUUCAGCGUCUUCAGUAUUCGUCCCCCCAUCCCCAUCACCUUCUUCUCGGAUCAUGCCUACAUCACCUUUAGCUAAUGUUGCUACAUUCGCUUCAACCGCUUUCAGUCCAACAAAUGGCGAUGCUUCUGUGCCUUCGGUACUUGGGAUGUCCCGUCCACCCCCCCAGUCCCCCACAAGGACUCAUUCACUUCGAUCGUCUGAUUCGCCAUCGUCACUAUCGCCUUCUUCGGUUGGUCGGGAAGUAGGGGACAGGUCCGACUUGCAAGCCUUUAGGUUCCCUAGAGCUGUUACGCCGCCGCCGCCCUACUCUGUCACCGAUGUGAGCAGCGGAUCAACUGGCUUGGCGUCGUCAUCAAGCUAUGGGCAGUCGAGUGGUAUUGUUGACGAGCUAAACAUGGCUGGCGCCAGCUAUCCGUUAAGCAGUUCUCUAUCCGCGGCUAGCGUAUCGUCAAUCAGCACGAACGGCAACUUACCACCGUCGAUCUCGUCCCCGGAUAGCGGCGUCACCAAGUAUAUGACUGCGACUGCGCCCGCAGGUGGACAGGCUGUGAGCAGACACAAUGGCUUGCUGAGACCGAUGAGACCAUUGGAUUUGUUGCUCUUGACAUCGCCAUUAGCCUUCAUCCAGUGCGUGCUCAUUGCGCAUUUUUCCGGUGAAUUGGACAAAGUCCGACACUACAGCCAACAUGAGAUGAGCAACACAAAGCUGAUGGCCUUGCUCGUAAACGGCCUCAUCGCUUUCGGGUUGAACGUAGUCAGCUUCACCGCGAACAAGAAGAUUGGGGCAUUGGGGAUGAGCGUGGCAGCCAACGUGAAGCAGGUGCUGACGAUCCUGAUUGCGGUGGUGAUUUUUGAGCUGAGGAUAUCGGGGACGAACGCAAUUGGAAUCUUGCUGACACUGUUUGGCGGUGCAUGGUAUGCGAGGGUUGAGUACGCAGAAAAGACCAGAAGGAGUGGGUAA